UUUACCCAUUUUAUUUUCCCCCUUGCGCCGCCCGAUAUCACACGCACACACACACGCACACACACACGCACACACCUACACACACACGUACACACACGUAUACACACACACAUACGCGCGCACUCGUCGGCGGCGCGAACGGUUUUUGCGCGCACCGCCGCGGAUCACGUUUUUCCGCCGCCGCCGCCGAACAGGGUCGUCGUCGAGCACUCGCCAUUCAGUCGUACGCGGUCGCCGCCCGCGUGUACUCGUGUGCAGUUGUCGUCGCCGUCUCGGUGUGCCCGAAGCCCCUCUGACGUACUUCGCGCCUAUCGCCGCACACGUCGUCCCGGGACGGGUAAAAUCACGACACGACCGACGACAGAGGUUUAUUCAAAAUAUUAAAAAAAAAAAAAAAAAUUAUUUUGAAAAAAGCUCGUCCAGAUCGCGUACUGCGGGCCACCUCCGCGUCAGUCGUCUAUAGCACGCGCGUUUCGCAGGUCGUGUCAUCUCACGUGCUCGCACGCCGCCACAUAAUCGAACACGUUAUUACUGCCGGCACGUCGAUUUCGUACUGACAUCCCAAUUUCGUGUCCGUCAAUCAGUCGUUUCAUCCGUCCAAGUCGCACUCGAAUCUCAAACCAACCCUCUCCACGAGUAACAGAACUUUAAGCCGGGCUGCUACAUCCAGCCGCUCAUCGUUCUUCUUCCUAUUCUGGACACCGGCAACAAGACUCGAGAUUUAUGGGAACCUGGACGCUAAAAUCAGAGAAAGAUGGUGAUACGGAUGAUGGAGAAGUGGUAGGCUCUUUAAGCUGUUAUAACUCCGCGGAACUUCUUGGAGUGCCAGCAAGGAUGCCUCACCACUAUGGCCCUGAAGCUCCAAUGCAAUUUCGACCAGAACAACGUCUAACUAGAGAUGCAAUGGAGAGAUAUUUACGAGAUCGCAAUGAUUUAGUGUUGGUUAUUCUUCACGCUAAAGUAGCUCAGAAAUCGUACGGUAAUGAAAAACGAUUUUUUUGUCCACCUCCUUGCAUAUACUUAUUUGGCGAUGGUUGGAGACUUCGACAAGAACAAUUGUUAAGAGAAGGGGUGUCUGAAGCUAAUUCUCAGAUGAGUGCCUUUAUUGGUAUUGGAAGCACUGAUCAAGAGUUACAACCACUCGAUCUUAACAACGGAAAGCAAUAUUGUGCUGCCAAAACGUUGUUUAUUUCGGAUUCAGAUAAGCGAAAACAUUUUAUGUUAAUGGUUAGAAUGUUCUAUAAUAUUGGUUAUGACAUUGGUACAUUCCAUAGUAAACGAAUAAAGGUUAUAUCGAAACCAUCAAAGAAAAAACAAUCGUUAAAAAAUGCCGAUUUAUGUAUAGCAAGUGGAACAAAAGUAGCGUUGUUCAAUAGAUUAAGGUCCCAAACAGUCAGUACACGUUACUUACACGUUGAAAAGGGUAAUUUUCAUGCUAGCUCGACGCAAUGGGGUGCAUUUACUAUUCACUUGUUAGAUGAUGAUGAAAGUGAAAGUGAAGAAUUUAAUGUUAGAGAUGGAUAUGUCCAUUAUGGUAGUACUAUCAAGCUAGUCUGUAGUGUCACUGGAAUGGCAUUGCCUCGACUUAUAAUAAGGAAAGUCGAUAAGCAGAUGGCCCUUCUAGAAGCUGAUGAUCCAGUGUCACAAUUGCAUAAGUGUGCGUUUUACAUGAAAGAUACGGAGCAUAUGUAUUUAUGUUUAUCCCAAGAGCGUAUAAUUCAGUUUCAAGCAACACCUUGUCCCAAGGAACCCAAUAAAGAAAUGAUUAACGACGGUGCCUGCUGGACGAUUAUAAGUACGGACAAGGCCGAGUAUCAGUUUUACGAAGGCAUGGGUCCCGUAAACUCACCAAUAACACCUGUUCCAGUCGUUCACAGUUUGAACUUGAACGGCGGUGGUGAUGUGGCUAUGUUAGAAUUGACCGGAGAAAAUUUCACACCUCACCUACAAGUAUGGUUUGGUGAUGUUGAAUCCGAAACUAUGUACCGCUGCCAGGAGAGUAUGCUGGCCGUUGUACCAGACAUAUCCUCAUUUAGGGGUGAUUGGCUGUGGGUCAGACAGCCAACCCAAGUACCAGUAUCUCUAGUGAGAAAUGAUGGUAUUAUUUAUGCCACUGGACUGACAUUUACAUACACUCCAGAAUCUGGACCCAGGAAUCACAUCCAACCCACAGAUGACAUUAUGCGAGCGCCACAUCCUCAUAAUAGAUUACAGCCAGCCAUAAAUGACGUUCCGUGGAAUCAACAUUCCAAUAUUAAAGAUUAUCAAUGAUGAAGAAUAGUAUGAUUUGGAACCAAUGAAAAAUACUUUGAUGAAGUAUUGUUAUGAAUUAAAAAAUGUGAGAAAUAUGUAUUGGAAAUUAUUUAUACAUUUUCUUUGCAUUUUAAGUGGUAUGGAUAAAUAAUAAUUUAUAAACACUCUUGAUGGUACAAUACUGUAACAUUUUGACAUAAAUCCAUGCGGUUUCUAAACAAUCACAUACAAAUAAAAUGAGAAUAUCUAAUGUAAACGUUUUUGUCGUUUCUUAAAUGAUAAUAGUUAUUCAUUUUAGUUGUUCAAUUUCAUGGAGAGAAUAUGUCAAAGUGCAGACAGUAGGUGGUAAUUAUAUUUAUAGUUGAAUUCUAAUCAAUAAGUUUAUUUUUAUUUGUAUUGUAAUUUGUAGUUGCACAUAAUUGUUUGCAAGUUAGUUCCUUUUAAUUAUUUUGUACGAUUAUUCUUGUAAACGAUUUUUUUUCCGUCCGUUUGAUUGGCUAAACAAACGAAUUUCUUACUUAAGCCUAAGAUCAUAAUUGUUGGCAUAAUAUUGAACGCUACACCUGUUCUGUAAUUAUAUGAUUGUGCAAUGUCAUUAAGAUAUGUUUUGGGAGAACCAUUAUAGAUACGGCACGUUACUGCAUAUCUUAAAGUUUAAAUUAUACAUUUGUAAUUUGGUGUGUGGAUCUCACAAUAUAAUAUCUUGAAUUUCAAAAGUGAAUCAAUUACUAUGCAAUAUUUAUCCCGGUCUUAGCUCCCGUUACAAACGGUUUUGAUUUUAAUGACUUACCUUAAUUAUCUAUAAGCUUCUCACGAAAUUACUAGUUACUGACAUAAAUUAGUCUUGUCUACAAGUCUACAAGAGUAAGAACAAGUUUGAUCGUUAAUUGAAGUUGUUAACAGCUUUCAAUUUUAAGUCAAAUAAAUGUUAGAAAACAUAUAAUUAUAAAACGAUCAAUACAACAAAUUAAAAAUAAUGACUUUCGUAUCUAAAAAUUAAA